AUGUCGUCUGAGAUUCCAAAGGUCCUCGCCCCAGCGUACGAUGACGCCGAGAAGGGUACAUUCGACGUGCACUCGUCCCCGGUGGACCUCAUAUACAACGAGAAGCAGGCUCUGACUUUUCCUAAGGACGAGAAGGAGCUCGCCGUCGCGAGCGUAUUCCCAGUUUCCGAGGCUAAGAAAGAGCAGACGCCGCCGAAGACCCCCAGCAAGCCGCCGAAGAAGAAGGCGUCCAAAUGGAUCAUCUUGCAACUCUGGUACAACACUUACCGUAAAUUAUUCACCAUCGCGUUUUCUGUUAACAUAAUAAUGUUCGGCUUCGCUGUCUCCGGUCACUGGGCUUACGCGGUCAAGUACGGUUCCGCUAUGGCCGUGGCGAAUUUCAACGUGUCCUUCUUGGUUCGCAAUGAGAUUUUCGGACGUUGUUUGUAUAUCUUCGUCAACACGCUAUUUGCUAAGUGGACGCCUUUGUGGUGGCGGUUGGGUUGCACUUCAGUGCUGCAGCAUCUUGGUGGCAUUCACUCCGGUUGCGCGAUUUCUGGGAUUAUCUGGUUGACAUUCAGGAUCGUCGACACUUAUCGCAACCAUUACAAUGAACACGACGCAAUCUUGGUGUUUGGUCUGGCCGCUAACGUUGUUCUCAUAAUCGCUGCCAUUGCCGGAUUCCCCAUCGUCCGCAACACCCACCACAACGUAUUUGAGCGCAACCACCGUUUCUUCGGCUGGACCGGACUGGGACUUACUUGGAUCUUCACAAUCAUGGGUGAUCUCUGGGACCCCGAGACCAAGAAGUGGGCUAUGAACGGCAGACACGUCGCGAAGCAGCAGGAUUUCUGGUUUGUCAUCGGGAUGACAGCUUGGAUUGUCCUUCCCUGGAUCUGCACGAGGCAUGUCAAGGUCGACGUCGAGCUUCCGUCCCCCAAGGUCGCAGUUCUGCGCUUUGAGCGUGGCAUGCAGCAAGGACUUCUUGCUCGGAUCAGCCGUAGCGCUGUCAAAGAGUACCAUGCUUUUGGUGUCAUUUCAGAGGGUACACACGCCAAGUACCACUAUUUGAUCUGCGGUGUGCAAGGUGACUUCACUCGCAGUCUCGUCAAUGACCCACCAAGGAAGAUCUGGACCCGGGAACUGAAGCUCGCUGGUGUCUCCAAUACUUCGACUCUCUACCACCGCGGUAUUCGUAUUUGCACGGGUACCGGUAUUGGCGCCGCCCUAGCCACAUGCAUUCAGUCACCCUACUGGUUCUUGAUCUGGAUAGGCUCUGACCAGGAGAAGACCUUCGGUCCUACUAUCAGUGGUCUCAUUCACCGCAACAUUGGGCCAGAACGCCUUCUUUUGUGGGACAGCAGGGAGCGAGGCGGCCGCCCAGACACCAUGAAGAUCCUUAAGGAGGUGUACCACUCUUGGAAGGCGGAAGUCGUGUUCAUCACUUCCAACUACGUCGGUAACUCUGAGAUGAUGCAGGGGUGCAAGGAGGCUGGAAUUCCGUGCUUUGGUACUCUCUGGGACUUCUGA